CCAGGUGUGUUCCUCUGCUCUCCCGGAUGUCAAACUCGGGGCAUACUCACGUACGCCGACCGAAAUAAAGGGAAAAGAGGACGUGUUGUGUUGUUUUUCUUAAGUGAACGAGAGUUGCUACAAUGAAGGUUCCAGAACCAGAACUAAUGAGUGAUAUUCUGAAGCGGCUCACCGGGGAGUCCGCUCUGCCCCUCUACUGCAGCAUCGAGAAGUUCAAGCGAAGCAGAGACGGGCUGUACUACGUGGCCGAGGACUUCAGCGAAACCGUGAAGAAGAGAGAGCUAGUCAAUGCCAAGGAGCGACUCAGGAUCAGGAACCUGAAUGCCAUGUUCUCCCGUUUGAAGCGCAUGGUUCCCCUAAUGCGGCCCGACCGCAAGCCGAGCAAAGUGGACACCCUCAAAGCCGCCACCGAAUACAUCCGGCUGCUGCUUGCCGUUUUGCGCGAUACUGAAAAUAAUGAUGGCAUGGGGACUGAUUUCCUAAAGAAUGCAAUCACUUACAGUCAGACUGAAGGCCUGGGCAGUGACUUAUGGAGAAUGGAUGAUCUGCUGAACAUAGACGAUCACCUGGAAGACGGCUUCACUUUGCCUCCAGAACCGGCGCCAGAGGACGGUGAAAUGCCCAGGCUGGUGUUGCAACACUGUGUGAUGCCUGCAUACCAGCUCAUCAUCCAAGUUGCUCCUGAUCAAGCUCCGACGUCUCAGCCUUGAUGGGCGCUUUGAUCGGAUUGGUUGAACCAGUGUAAAAAAACUUCUGCCAGGAGCUGCUUUGAAGAAACCAAGGAGAAGAAACCUUUUUUUCCCCUUUGGUUUCAUUUAAUCCUUUUGUUCAAAUCUAAAUUUCAUUGUAAAUGUGACUGUUUUGUUUUCUAUUUGAGCCCACUGGAUGUAGAACGUUUACGUUGUAGUAAAGCUCAAGAAAUAUGUUGGUUGGA